UCCGCAGCUUACGCUUGAGUUUGGCUUAUCUUGAAUAUUCGUGUAUAUAAGCUUAUAUCGUACACCGCCCCCCCGCUCGGCUGUCGCGGGUUUGUUUUAUCGAGUCUGGUAUUAUUCCAGCAUGUAUAAUAGGUAAUAUCAUACCUACCUACCUAACCCCUCAACGCAUCCUCGCCGAGCCUCCCCUCCCCCCCAAAAGAAAGGAAGCAACAGAAGGAAAAAGAAGCACAAGCAAGCAAGCAGCACCAUGGCCACAGCCACAAACUCCAUCCUCGUCUCCCCCGGCGUGCGCCUACACUACUCGCAAGCCGGGCCCCCCGCAGCGCCGAACCUGGUGCUGAUACCGGGGUGGUCGCAGACGGCGGCGCAGUUCCAGAAGCAGGUCGCGCAUUUCCAGACCAGGUACCGCGUCACCACGUACGACCACCGCGGCCACGGCGACUCCGAUAAGCCGGGCUUCGGGUACCGCGUUUAUCGGCUCGCGGCGGACCUGGAGGCGCUGCUGGAGGCGCUGGAGCUGAGGGAUGUGGUGGUGCUGGGGCACUCGAUGGGGGUUUCGGUGGUUUGGGCUUACUGGGACCUCUUCCCGCCCACCCGCAUCCGCAAGCUCGUCCUCGUCGACCAGUCGCCCGCGAUGACCAUCAACCCAUCGUGGACCGCCGAGCAGAAAGCCGAGGCGGCCGCCAUGUUCGAGCCCGCGCAGGUGUUCGAGGCCUCGAACGCCAUGAUGGUCGGACCCCAGGGCGAGGAGGCGCGCGAGGCGCUGUCCAGGUCCUUUUACACGGAGAAGGUGUCCGAGGAGGACUUCGAGUGGAGUAUGCGGCAGGCGAGGAAGAUGCCGCCGGACCUGGCGGGGAGGCUGAUGCUGGAUCAUGCGGCGAUGGAUUGGAGGGACGUGAUUCCCCGGAUCACCGUCCCGACGCUCGUGGUCGGAGCGAAGGGCAGUCCCAUACCGAUCACGGGGAUCGAGUGGAUAGCGAAACAGAUACCGGGGUCCCGGUUGGAGAUCUUUGAGAAGGAGGAAGGCGGGAGCCAUUGCAUGUUCUGGGAGAAUCCGGAGAAGUUCAACCGGAUACUUGAGGAGUUUUUGGCUUCUUAGAGAUGAAUGAGAAUAAGAUUUUGGUGUCAGCCGUCUUACUUAGAACUAAGGGAAUAGUUGGUAAGAUAGGUGUGUUCAGGGUUCAGAGUUAUGGCUAAUAGCUGCGAUAGUUGGUAUGUUCAACCUUGCUACUCUUGGGCGAAAGU